CGCCCUCCCGGUGGCGCUGCUGACGUGUCUGCUCCCUCCCCGCCGUCGGCGCCGCCACCAUGGCCGCUGCGCCGCCCGACCCCCGCCUGCUGCUCGCCCUGCUGCUGCUGCUGCCCGCGCGAGCGCCCCGCGCCGCUGGCACCGACCUCGGACGCCGCUUCGCCGAGCGCAAGCGCUGCGCCGACCCCGAGUGCAGCAUGUUAAUGUGCCGAGGGAAGGCCAUGCAGGAUUUUAAAGGUCCAGACUGUCGCUUUGUAAAUUUUAAGAAGGGGGAAGCGGUGUACGUGUACUACAAACUAACAGGAGAAUCAACUGAGCUUUGGGCUGGAAGUGUUGGAAGCGAUUUUGGAUAUUUUCCAAAGGAUUUACUUGAAAUAAAUCAUAAUUAUUCCAAUGAGGAGCUAGAAUUGCCAACAGAUGAAACAGACUUUGUCUGCUUUGAUGGUGGAAGGGAUGACUUUGAUAAUUAUAAUGUGGAUGAGCUUUUGAAGUCAAUGCAAAUGAUGGCAACAAAUGAAGGGGAAACUGUAUCAAGUGAUCUAGGGACAAAACCAGCUGAAGAAACUGAACAGGCUGAUACAGUAAAGUCCCUUGAUGCUCUGGAGACAGACAGUUUUGAGCUUGACACAGAAAUAGACAAGGAAGUCUUUGCUAUGACAGAAGAAGUAGACAGUUCUCUUACAGAAAGAACUGAAAAUACUGGGGGAGACUCCAGUGUCACUAGUCAUGAAGAAAACUCUCAGGGAGAUAAAAUUGCACAUGAGCACUUGAAAGGAAUGCUACACGGAAAACUAAAAGGGCUAGAAAGUGAAAAUACCAAAAAUGCUAGUAUUCCUCAGGGUGAAACCAGUCAACUUGACACAGACAGCAAAGAAGUAAAUGCCUAUACAGUUUUAAACAGAGAGCAUUCUGUGAACUUGAAAACAAAAUUUGGCUCAACUGCUGAUGCUGUUGUAUCAGAUGAUGAGGUGACUCGCCUUGUUACGUCGCUGGAAGAUGAUUUUAAUGAAGAUUUGAGCAUUGAUACUCCUGAUGCAGAGGGGGAGCCAGACUUUGCAGAACAGUCUGAAGAAAUCUCUUUGCUGUCUUUUACACCAGAGGAAGAAACUGCAUCCCCAGCAGAUUUAGGUGAUGAUGAAAAUGAUGACAUAGAGUCACAAAAUUAUGAACUUGAUGAAGAUGCAAAGGGUGCUACAGAGCUAAAUAACCAAAGAGACAAUGAAAAAGAACACGAUUCAGAGGCAUUAAUUCUUAAGGAUGCCUUCAGUAAAAGCAAGAAGUUGAGUGACAGUGUAAGUAUGGACAGGUACAAAUCUCAAGAAACAAAAGAGAAACAGGACGAGGUGAUGCUAAUUAGUAAGAGAGAAGCACCAGCAACAACUCAACAUGAGGAUCUGUCUGAAGAACUCCUUAGAAAGGAACCUAUAGGUACAGGUGAUCUGGGUUCAAAAGAAAAACCAAACAGAACUGAACAGUUUGAAGAGCAGCUCAUAGUUGAUGGAACUGAGUCAUAUACUGAAAAGCUGAAGAGUACUGAGUCACGUACUGAAGAGCUGAAAAGUACAGGUGUGCCUGAUCCUCAUGUUUUGCCUAGUCCAGGGGAUGAUCUGGAGUCCAAAUCAUUUGUUAAGCAAGAUGCUUUUAAACCACCUGUUGGUGAUAUCAAUGGAAGUACAGAGAGAGUGCCACUUGCUCAAAUAGAGAAUGAUGAGCAAAAAUUUGAGGAUGACACAUUGGAAGAAGUCUUAGAAAGUGAUUUAAAGCACAAAAUGUUAUGGGAGAAAACAAAGGAGAAAGGAGGAGCUGACAACAAGCCUUCUGUUGAUGUUCCAGCCAAACCAGUGGAAGAGGUAAACACUGUAUCUCAAAGUGACUUAGGAGAUACUGACUUCUUAAAAGAGAAACUAGAGCAUGGAGUGCCCACUGUGGAAAAAGACCUUUUAAGACAUGAAUAUUUGAAGCAAACAGAAGAGACUGAUCAUGAGAAUCAAAAAACCACCUCUCUUAACAAAGAACCUGAAAUAAAAAGUAGAAACAUGAAAGAAACCUCUAGAGCACAGGGAGAUCCAAAAUAUAGAAGAGCUGUCGAGCAACCUAAGCCGUGGGAAAAUGAGUAUUCAGAGGCAGAUAGGAAAGAAGAGCUUUCAAGAAAUCUUGGCAAGAUAACAGUGUUUAAAGAAAGUGUUGAGAACUCAAGUUCCCCUGAAGAAAAAUCAAAAAGCACUACACAGAAUACUAAUAUGGAGAAUCUUACUAAGCAAGGAGCUGCUCGUGCUGAAGAUGCAGAUUCAGACAGAAAUCUUGGCACAAAUUUAGCUAAAGAAAGAACACUAAGACCAGAAUUGCAUUCCGAAGAGCCAGACACUGAUGACAACCCUGACCCGAAACAAGCAGAGGAAGAGCUACUGGAAGAUGAGAAUGCCGCAAGUGCAAAGUUGUCACAAGCAAGGCCUUCAAGUGUACAGGGUGAUACACCAAAUAUUAGAAGAACAAACCCUGAAUUAGAAGUACUAAGUGAAGCUGUUUCGGGAACUGCAAAUCAGACUUACAAAACAGGAGAAGAAACAAACUCAUUUUCUAAGGAGGGUAAAAAACCAAUCAGCAUGCAAGGUACAAGCGAGACUUGGAACAAAGAGGGUGAUGUACCAGUGAGUGAAGAUGCAAAAUUGGAUGAGAUGGAACAUACUGUAGAAGAUGAGGAGUCUUCUGAAGCUGAGGAACUAUCAGCUGUGGAGGAACAUAAUUUCCAGUCUCCUGACACAGAAGACAACAAUGACUUUAACCAAAAGGAAAACCUUCUCUCAGAGAGCAUUUCACAGAAAGACUCAGAAGAGGUGAAAAAUUUGGAGCAUACAAGAACUGACCACCAGCAAUCUGCACAUUUUCCUAGUCCUACUGACAGCUUAGCAGCCCCCAAUGACACUGCAACAGACUUCAAUGAGUCUGUGAAGCGGCUUACAAUAAUGAGAGAUUUUCUUGAUGAAAAGCGCAUAACACGUCUACGAAAGUACCUUGGCCUCCAACACAUGUUUAGGAUAGAAGCUAUGUUUCACGACAUGAAGGUAGAGAUGGAGCUUGCUCAGAAGGCAAGCCAUAAUAAUGAAGAUAUAGAAAAAGCUUUGGAUCAGAUACUUGAGUUUUCAGAAUCAAGCAUUAUGGAUGUUGUGGGAAAAGUUCUGGAUUCCAGAGUGGAAGAAAAUAAAGAGGAGGUGGUGAAAGAGAUGGAUUUGUAUGAUGAGGAGAGUGCACUCAUGGAUGACAUUCAAGAAUUAAUAUAUUCUUUAAGGAGUAGAUAUUCGUCUGCUAGUGAGAGUGUCCCACUUGCGUCCAUUCCAGAACAGGAAGAUGAUCAGCUGCACAUUCAAGAUGUUGCAGAAGAGGCUGAGUAUGAUGAAGUUCCCAACAGAAACCCAAAUGCCAUUGAUGAGAGCAAUCAGAAAUUUCAGCACCUUGAAGAUAAGAAGCCAGAACAGCCUAUUGAGAAGGAGGAGGAGGAGGAGCAGGAGCAGAGUCCUGUUAAUACUGCAUCUCAGAGUGAAGAGGCCAACUUACUGGAUAAUAGAGAAUCUGAAGAGGGAUACAAUAGUGAAAGAGGAUCUCAUCUGGAAGAUACUUCUUUUGGAUCAGUUGAUUCAGAACAGAGUGCCAAGGAAGAUAUCGAUGCAGGCCCCGCGGAGGGCGUCGCGCGGGCGGCGUCGCGGGAGCUGCUGCUGCAGCUGGUUGCUGCCCUGCCUGAGGAAAUGCGUCCUGGGCCUGAUUUCCAUGGACUUCCAUGGGAGCCUGUUAUUAUCACUGCCUUAGUGGGAAUUGCAACGCUUGCUAUAAUUUUCUGGAGAACCUGCCUUUCAGUAAAGAGUAGAAUAUAUCAAGUGACUGAAAAGCAACUGGCUGAAAAGAUUAAAAACCUUCUGCAAGAAAAAACAGAAAUCUUAGAAAAGAUGUCAGAAUAUGAUCAAAAGAUAAAGGAAGCACAGGAAUCUGUGAAAGUGGCCCAAGAACAAAAAGAGGUUCUUUCUGAUGAAACUGCAGGGCUUAAGGACACUGUCAAAGGACUGGAAGAAGCAAAUCGCCAGCUGGAUGACAAAGUAAAAGAUCUGCACACAAUGCUUGAAACAGAGAGAAAACAGAAUGAGAAGAAGCAGAACAAGAUCUCUGAAACCCGAAAGUCCUUGGAGAAACUUCAAGAGGCUAUCACUGUGCAUUCUGUAGAGCUUUCAGAGGUGCAGAUAGCCCUUAACGAAGCUAAGCUAAGUGAAGAAAAAGUGAAAUCUGAACUUCAUCAAGUGCAGGAAGAGAAUGCUAGGCUGAAGCAGAGCAAGGAGCAACUGCUAAAAGAAGCUGAAGGUUGGAGUGAGAGGCAUACAGAGCUCAGUGAGCAGAUCAAACUUUAUCAGAAAUCUCAGAAGGACAUAGAAGAAGCACUUGCCUACAAGGAAAAUGAAAUUGAAGUUUUAACUAACUGCCUUAUGCAGCUGAAGCAACUUGACAUGGAUUCGGCGUCUGAAGCCAAGAAGGACGAUGAAGGGCGUGAAUGGAGCACAGGAGAUGAUCUGGCCAAUGGGGAGUUGCCAGAUGAUGAGAGUGAGAAGAUGAAGACUCAGAUUAAGCAGAUGAUGGACGUCUCCAGGGUGAAAACUAUGUUAUCCAUAGUUGAAGAAGACCGAAAUCUUCUCCAAUCCAAACUGAGCGAUGAAGUAACAGCAAGACUUGAGUUAGAAGAGCAAAUAAAAAAGUUAGAACAUGACUCCUGUUCGCUCAAGUCAGCCAAAGCUCGACUAGAAAAUGAAUGCAAAACGCUGCAGCAAAAAGUGGAGAUUCUUGGUGAACUUUACCAGCAGAAGGAGAUGGCGCUCCAGAAGAAACUAAACCAGGAGGAGUAUGAGCGUCAGGAGAAGGAACAGAAAUUGCCUGCUGCCGAUGAAAAAGCCCUGCUGGCCAUGGAGGAAGUUAAAGUUUACAAGCAAAGGAUUCAAGAUAUGGAAGAAGAAUUGCAAAAAACAGAGAGAUCUUACAAAAACCAGAUUGCUGCUCAUGAGAAAAAGGCACAUGACAAUUGGCUUAUUGCCCGCUCUGCUGAGAGAGCUCUGGCUGAAGAAAAAAGAGAAGCAGCCAACCUGAGACAAAAAUUAAUAGAAGUAAACCAAAAAAUCAUCAUGCUCCAAAGACCGUUGAUUGUAAAGCCAACUCCAGGCAGACCUGAUCGCCAGGUCCCACCACGACGAGGGCCCUUAAGCAGAGAUGGCUCUUUUGGCCCAUCACCUGUGAGUGGAGGAAAUCCAUCACCCACACAGAUGAUAGAAGUUCCUGCCCGGCCCCUUUCUGCUCCUCGAAGGGAAGGCUCGAGAGGUGAAUUUGGUGCAGUGGUAGAUGGCCCCCCUGCUCCACGAAGGCCACCAGAGUUACCUGGAAGGAUGUCUGUUCCUGAUCUCGGGCCCGCUGUAGCAUCCCUGAUGAGUAGUGGGCCAAGAACCUCCUCCCCUUCCACAGCAAUGGAUGGAGUGCAACCUUCUCCCAAAGAGUCAGAAGCCCCCUGUGUAACCAUUGAUUCACCUUCAUCUAUUGAACCAGCUCCAGCUAAUGCUAGUCCCAAAGGCCCACCGUCUUUCCCUGGGACACCUAUCAUGACCUCCCCUGUGAUGGGACCUCCACUGCCUGUUCGCUAUGGACCGCCGCCGGCUCCUCUUCGUGGGCACUUUGGGCCUCGACCUCUUCCUGUACCCCUAGUUCAUGGUGCUCCCUUGCCACCUCCAGCUGCAAGAGAUUUUUUACCUGGCCCACCCUUAGGAAUGAGAGAUCUGCCUCCUGGCCCACUACCACCACCUCCAGAUCCAAGAGGCUAUGGACGCGGGCACCCUCCGUUCCGACCCUUAGGGCCUCCUGGUCCAAGAGAUUAUCCUCCAGGCCCACGGCUCCCCCCACCUGGUUCCAGAGACUAUACACCUGCUAACAGAGACUUGCCUCCGCUGGGACCCAGGGACUACCCCCCAGGCCCUCCACCGCCACCUGCAGCCUCAAAGGACUACACACAGCCUCCAGCGCAGAAACCCUGACUGUAGUGCCUGGGCAGCAGCUCAAUGGAAUGGACUGGCACACUUCCUGCAGUCAGGAUUUUAGGAAAUGGUUCUCUAUUAGAAGCCACUUGUCUCAUUUCAGUAUAUUUUGGCUUUUGCAGGAUUAAUUUUUAACCAAUUGCUACAGACAUCUUGCGUGCAUUUAUGAUCACCUUAAACUCAUCCAUCGUCUUGGGCUGCAAGAACCUUUUUGUGAUGGACUUGAACCUACUCUAAAUGUGCAAUAGGAAGGCUGUACCUGUGUGGCUAGUUUAAUUAAAUGUAGCCUCUGUAACCAGUUGGUGAAUGAACUAAUUUCAUGAAAAAUGUAAAUCAAAUCAUUUCCUGUGGAAAUAAUUUUUAAGUAAAAUGCUAUCCUACCUGCCUUCUCUCUCCCAUCAUUGAGCUGCAGUUACUGUAGGCUGGGCCUUUUAAAAAGAUGUCUGAUCAAGAGAUCAGAAGCACAAUUGACACUGAAUUCAAAGGAAAGUUAUAAUAAACAGCAAAAUUCCUUUUGCUAAACCCCAA